UCGGCAGGAACGGUUGUCACUCAAGCAAGCUCCACCCACCUCUCCUCGGACUGGAUGUCCGGGCACGGCGAGGAUUUUCACGAAAACAUCGACCGCAGUCUGCGUCCUAGAACCAGCGAGGAGAACUCCGAACAUGGAGCCGACGACGUGACAACCAUGGCGUGUUUUAAGUUGGAUAGCGCGUGGCUGUGAACGGUGACGUUGCAAGCGCGACAUGUUUAACGGCUAUGAGGGCGAUAUCACUUGUUAGGUAGGUAGGCGGAGAGCUAGAGGGGGGCCACGGUGGACUCCCUGCCUCGCAGUGUCGUUCCGCCUAUGGAGGCUGACGGGACCGUUGCAGUCAUCUGGAGGCCCGGAAUGUCAGCUGUGAGACUUCGACACCUUUUUUGAGACGCGUAAUUGAGGAAAACAUAGUGCCCACCUGUCUGCCAAGUCAGCGAGUCAACUUCCCGGAGUCGUAAAGCAAAAGUUGGCAGAUGACGGCGAGCUUCCAGGAGUGAAGAUGACCACCGCAGAUAUCACUUAAAGUUGACUGAAGUACAGGGACAGCGAGGAAGCCACUAUUCAUUCACUCCCGGGCCGUGUUUUUUUUUUAACGGAGCUUUUGAGACAUCUGUUUUGAGACGUUUUCGUCCAACAUGUCACUGAAAGACAACCCCUGUCGAAAAUUCCAGGCCAACAUUUUCAACAAAAGUAAAUGUCAGAACUGUUUUAAGCCCAGAGAAUCCCACAUUCUCAACGACGAAGACCUGAGCCAGGCAAAGCCUGUUUAUGGAGGAUGGCUGCUUCUUUCUCCUGAGGGAACAAAUUUUGAUAAUCCUUUACACAGAUCCCGGAAAUGGCAGAGACGAUUCUUCAUCUUAUACGAGCAUGGCUUACUCCGUUACGCUCUCGACGAAAUGCCCACGACUCUGCCACAGGGUACAAUCAAUAUGAACCAGUGUUUGGACGUCAUCGAUGGAGAGUCCAGGACAGGUCAAAAGAACUCUCUGUGCAUCCUGACCCCGGAGAAGGAGCACUUCAUUCGGGCUGAAUGCAAAGAAAUUAUCAAUGGUUGGCAAGAAGCUCUCAUGAUCUACCCCAGAACCAACAAACAGAACCAGAAGAAGAAACGCAAAGUGGACCCACCCACUCAACAGACCCUUCAUGACCUUGCCUCCAUUUGUGACCUUUGUUCCUCCCUCCCAAUCCUUCCCACUCAAAUCCCUGCCCAGGAGCCUGGUCCUGCCAAGGUGACGGUCACCAGAAGCAGAGGAGGCAGCAGCCCAUCUCUUCCCAGCACUAUUGGUAGUGUUGAACGUGUCCCAACGAGUAGUGCCACACUGUGGCAAGAGGAGAGCCGCUGGAGCCAGACUACUAUACCAUGCAGUCGCAGUGCCUCCUGCCUGAGCCAGUUCAGCCAGAGCCAGCCAGACUCCAGUGUCACUACUAAGGAUGAUGUUGGCACUGUGAGUAGUGGGCGAAAGGUACGAGUGGAGAGUGGAUAUUUUUCCCUGGAGAAGACAAAGUCUGAGCCAUCUUCACAGCUUCCACAGUCACCACAGUCUCUCCCGCUGUCUUCUUCUGCAUCCUCAACCUUCCUAGGACCAGCUAGUCCCAGGCGACCUCAAGCGAUUGGUCAUUUUGAGGAUGUUCCGCAUGUGGAAGGCAUGGAUAUCAACACGUCCAAUGAGCUGACCUCAAGUGACAACAACAUCCAUAGACAAGGCCGCAGCGAGAGGCGCUACCUUGUUAACAAGCAUGAGAUAUCUUUAGAUGCUGCAAAAGACAGAGACGGAUCCAACUCUUUUUCCAACUUGAGACGAGCCAAAUCACUAGAUCGUAAAAGUGCAGAGACUUCACUGACGCCUGACCUGCUGAACUUCAAAAAAGGAUGGAUGACCAAGCUCUAUGAAGAUGGAGUGUGGAAGAAGCAUUGGUUUGUCCUCACUGAUCAGAGUCUGAGGUACUACAAAGACUCAAUAGCUGAGGAGGCUUCACAAGUUGAUGGGGAGAUUGAUCUGUCAACAUGUUAUGAUGUCAAAGAGUUCCCAGUCCAGAGGAAUUACGGAUUCCAAAUCCUGUGUAAAGAUGGAGCCUGCACUCUGUCAGCCAUGACCUCGGGAAUCCGCCGCAACUGGAUUCAGGCCAUCAUGAAGAACGCUCGGCCUGUUAUCGCCCCGGAUGUCACACGGAAAAACCUGUCUCUGAAACUAUCCGUUCUGAAGCCCAGAUCCCUUCCUGAGGAGAAGAUAAACUCACCAGUGUUGUUGGAACCAUGUCUAACUGCCAGCCCGCCUCUACAAUCCCCCAAGAGUGGGGUCCAGCAGCAGCCUGUUGGCAACAGUGUUUCUGCUGCUCACACUGAGCCGAGAAAAAGUCGUGCUCUGGAGCGUCGAAGGGAGGGACGGUCGAAGACCUUUGACUGGACUGAGUUUAAAAUCCGGGAUUCUGAAAAGUGUUCAAAGCAGCGGGCAGAUACAGUAGAUCUCAGUUCAUCAUUUUCAACAACCUCUUCUCAUUGCUCUCCCUCAUCGUCGUCAGCUUCUUCCCUGGCAUCCUCUCCUGCAUCUACCUGUUCCCUGAAAGCCCCUGUCACUUGUGCUGCAGAAAAGGAAAAUGAGAGGAAAGGGUUCCAUCCCACUGCUCGUGGUAGUCCAACUCACAUGCCAAAUGCAGUUACAGUCACCAUGACUUCAACACUGAACACUACAACCCCAGUGCAGCCAUCUGUGGCGGUGUGCCAAGAGCAAGGAAAGAUGGAAAUUGACCACCCUACGGCCUUGCACACAGGCAUCGGAGAUAAUGUCAACGGAACCUCAGGCGUUAGGAAAGAGAUUGAACAGCGAUGGCAUCAGGUAGAGACCACACCAUUACGUGAAGAGAAGCAGGUGCCCAUCUCGACUGGAAACUCUGCUAACUCUGACAGCAGACUACCCGCACAUGAGCUUGCUGCGCUUCUUGACAAAGAGCUUGGACAGAAACAAAAGGAACUGGACCUGCUGCAGAAGCAGAACAACAUUUUAAAAGAGCAGUUGGAAGAUGCUUUGGGGAGAGAACAAAGUGCCAGAGAAGGAUAUGUACUGCAGAGUACAACAUCCCCACCCUCUUCACCUAGCCGAGCGCCAUGGAAACACUUGCAUAAGCUGAACCAAGAUCUGCAAGGAGAAUUGGAAGCCCAAAAGCACAAGCAGGACCGUGCUCACCAACAGAUUCGAACAUUAAAACGGAGCUACACCGAGGCGCAGGAAGCUGUUGAACGCCAUGAGACUGAUAUUCAGGCCUUACAGGCUAAGCUCGCAUCAGCAAUGGCUGAAAUCUUGGCCAGUGAGCAUGCCGUGGCCCGUAUGCGGAAUGAGCUCAAGAUGGAGCAAGAUCGGUCCAAGGAGCAAGAAGAGGAUAGUGCCAAAAAUGAAGCCACUUUGCGUGCCCAACUAAAAGACAGUGAAGAUCGACUCCGUGAAGUAGAGGCCAGCUUGUUAGAAAGGAGCCAGGCACUUAGGCACCUUGAGCGUCAGCAGGCUCUACAACGGGACCACCUUAAAGAAGUCCAGCGGUUGCAGGAAAGGCUGCAAGAGGUGACAGCAAGACUAGCCACUUCAGAAGAAAGUCAGUCUCUCAGGGAGGAGUACCUCAGACAAGAGCAGCAUUGCAUACAAGAGAGCCAUGAGAAGGAGAGACAAAGUUUGUGCAGGAAGUUAGCAGAGGCUGCAGCUGCACAAAAAGAAAUGGAAGAGAGGCUACUGGAAACGGAAAAACAGGUCACUCUGCUUUUGAGAGGACAACAGGCGUGUGGAGGGAAAGAAUACAGAGAUGAAAUGCUGAAGCUUCAAGAAGAAGUGGAUCAGCAGAACUGUGUCGUUGACUCGCUGAGACAGAGUGUACAGCGGUUAGAGCAAGAGAAAGGUCACCUUACCUGUCGCUGUCAGGAGCUUCUCAACCAAAUUUCAGAGGCUGACCGGGAAGUGAGCAAGCUUCGUAACCGUUUGGAACUAGAGGAGGUCGAUUAUUACACCUUGGAACAGUCGUAUGAAAGGGCUACACAGGAGUUUCAGAAGAUGAGCCAGUUCCUCAGGGAAAAAGAGGAAGAGAUCAGACAAACUAAGGAAAUGUAUGAAAGGCUAAUGGAGCGCAAAGAAGAGGACUUGAAAGAAGCACUUGUUAAAAUGACUGCACUUGGCAACAGCUUGGAGGAAACCGAGCAGAAAUUGCUAGCUAAGGAGGACCUCUUGUGUCAAAUGAGUCAGAGCCUCUCAGAAAAAGUUGCGUCUUGCAAUGCAGAGAAGGAUUUACAGGCUAAGCUAAUUGUUGCAGAGGAUCGCAUUGCGGAGCUGGAGCAACACCUCAAUGCCUUGCAGCUGGGCUAUGCAGAUCUUCAAAGUGAGAGGCAACAGAUUUUAGAAAACUCUAAAAAGGAAUUGAUUCAAACACAAGAGCCUUUUGAACAUGCUUCAGGUUUGGAGAAUUCCUCCAGUAAUGAGUCAAAGGCUAGGAGACCAAGGAUCCGCUUUUCCAGUAUUCAGUGCCAAAAAUACAACAAUCUAGAGGACAUGGAGGUCUUCAACAUCAGUAAUGCGUGUGUGGAAAAGACAGUUCCAGAGACUGAUGAGCUUGCAAAAUGUGAUGUGUCGUCUGCUACAUCCCAACACACCAGUGACCCUGAAAAAUUUAUCUCCAUUAUACAUGACUUGGAAUCGAAACUGCUAAACACGGAGGAGAAGUUAAAGAAACUAACACAGACAAUAGAGGAUCAGCAGUCCAUGCAGGUUUUAUCCAUAGCAGAAAAUGAACUCCUGUAUAAAAACUCCACAUCUGAGGCUACAGAUAAUUCCAACAUCAGUUAUGCUAAGGCUUUGAUGUGUGUGGAACAGAGCCGGGAGAGAGUCAGGGCUAUUCUGACCAGUCCACAAGACACUGAUUCACAGCUACAAUGUUUGUCUGAGAUAGAAAUUGAUCUAGUUAAUGCAUCACUAUUAAUCCAACAAGGGCAAAAAAACAUUAAGGAGUUUCCAGCUGCUCUUGAAACACAAGCCCCAGUUGUCGAAACAAAUGCCGUGCAUUUGUUCGCCAAAACCUUGUCUUUUGAAGCCAUGGUUUUAAACAAAAUGGCUUUAUUAAUCCAGACCUCCAAUUCUGACCUACUGCAAGCCUUAGUUGAAAUUUGGGAAGACAUGAAGACCGUCAAGAGGGACGACAAAGAUUGUUUAGCUGUUGUUUACGCUGGUGUCUUGACUAGAAAGUUGAUGCUCGAGAGCAGAUUCUGGAACGAAUUAGACAUCAUCAAACAACAGUGCAAACAAUCCAAUCAGAGUAGCACCGCAGAUGAUGUAGAUGUUGAUGCUUCAGUCAUCUUCAACAAUUUUAUUAAAGCUGAACUGGCAUACUCUUUUCAAAAUCUUCGUAUCAGCUACGAUGAGAAAUUCAGGACGAUAAGAAAGGAGUUGGCAGAGGCACAUUACAACCUACGUCAGAGAGAGAUGGCUUUAAAGGCCAUCUUUGAUGCCCCCACAGGGUGUGAUUUGAAGGACGUGGUAAAAGAAGUCAGGAACAACUGUGACUUUGGAGCAGAUAUCUUGUCCGAUAUUCAUCCACCGGAGCUGGCUCCGUACAUGGCGCAGAUCGAAUCGGACGAAGCCCGGAACAUGGCAGAAGAAAUUGUGGACAAACACAUAAUGCAAGAAACAUGUACUGUUGAAUCGAUAGUGAGUUUUCAGAACGCACAUAAUAUUUUGGCUGGUGAACUUCAAAGACAAGCCGAAAUCCUUCACACAUAUGCCCAGGAGCUGGAAUCAAGCAAAUCCCAACCUGAAACCACCAAAAUGAUUAACGCUCUCUUUAGCAACCAAACCUCCAGCAAUAUGACGCCUACCUCUCUUUGUUUGCGAGAAGCCCUUGUUCAGGCUCAAGUAGCUUAUGUGGCGUGCAGGUUGCGGUCCAAGCACGAGCAAGACCUCAAGUGGUGUAAAGAUGCUGGCCAGAAAAUGGACAUGCUCGUCCAGCAGCAUGCCUGCAGUUUAAUCGCUAUCCAAGAAAAAUAUGAAACGUCUCUGCAAGAGCAGCACCGGAACUUCACACAAACAGUGGCCUCUCUUCAGAAUGAGAACCAAACGCUGAAGGAUGAGAUCAGCCUGCAUGUAAACCAGCUUUCCCAGCAGCAAGAACAACUCUCUUUACUAGAAGAACAGUUCCAGCGGGAGAUGGAGGAACUAAAACUGAGACACGACCAUGAGAUGAGUCAAGCUGCACGACACAGUUCUUCAGCAGAGCUGAUGGAAACCACAGCUGACGGCAAACAAAAGUUCAGAGAUCUGUUGGUGAGCAUGGACUCUAUGGAGGAGCAGCAUAACAACCAUGUGAGGAAACUGGAGGAGCAAUUUGAAGAGAAGAUAUGUGACAUUCAUCAAACACACAAAGACGAAAUUGAGAAGUUGCAGGCGGAUUAUUUGGAAACCAUUCGACUAAUAAAAGAGCACCAGCUGGACCAAACCAAGGUGAAGCCCUGCUCACGCGCAGAUGAUGCAGCAACACUAAUGGAGGAGGGACGGAGGAAGCAGGGAGAUGCUAACAUGUCAAAGGACACGAGCCAAGAGCAAGAUAUUCCAAUGGACACCAUGAGGGAUGACAUGACCAGCCUGGGAGAGAAGUACCAGAGAGACAUUGAGAGUCUCAAGGCCACGUACGAACGUGGUUUUGUUGCAAUGGAAGAAACUCACCAGAAGUUCAUUGAAGAUCUAAAAAGGCAGCAUCAGAGAGAGAUUUCCAAACUUUUGGAAGAACGAGAACGGCUGUUAGCAGAGGAGACUGCCGCCACUGUUGCAGCUAUUGAAGCUAUGAAGAAUGCCCACAAGGAGGAGCUUGAGAAGAACCAACGGUCUCAGCUCAGUGGUCUGAACUCUGACAUCGAUGAACUUCGCUUACAAUAUGAGGAAGAGCUGCAGUCCAUCCAGAGGGAACUAGAAGUUUUGUCAGAGCAGUAUUCUCAAAAAUGUCUGGAGAACGCUCACCUGGCUCAGGCACUGGAAGCGGAGAGGCAGGCCCUCAGGCAGUGUCAGAGAGAGAACCAGGAGCUCAACACGCACAACCAGGAAUUAAACAACCGGCUUACUGCCGAGAUCACCCGAAUGCGCUCCUGUUUCAGUGGUGACACGGCCAUGUUGCCACCGACGCAGGGAAAGGAUGUGUACGAACUACAGGUCCUUCUCCGGAUUAAAGAGUCUGAAGUCCAGUGUCUUAAACAGGAAAUUCACUCCCUGAAAGAUGAAAUCCAGUCGGCUUUGCGGGAUAAGAAAUAUGCUACAGACAAAUACAAGGAUAUUUAUACAGAAUUGAGCAUUGUGAAGGCAAAGGCCGACUGUGACAUCAGCAAACUGAAGGAGAAGCUGCUCAUCGCUACAGAGGCACUCGGUGAAAGAACUGUCGAUGGAACAGUUACAUCUGGAUACGACAUCAUGAAAUCCAAAAGUAAUCCAGACUUCAUGAAAAAGGAACAGACGUCCACUUCAAGGCCGUCGCGGGGAGUUAGGUCAAAGUCCGUCAUUGAACAGGUCCCAUGGGACAGCUGACGCUCCCAUUGUGGAGUGACCCCUCCCCCUUUCCUGCCCCGCGAAACGCUAGCCUAAAGGAAGGACUGACUGUGCAAGAACGCAUGAAGCUUUUCGAAGCAAAAGAUUCCAAAAAGAUUUGAAAAACGAAGCUGGUGGGACUGCUGCAGAUGGGCCAGCGCCAACUUAGAGCUUUCACGAAGGAGUGCUUUCUAUCGACACAGUCAAUGAACCUGGACAUGCUGCUUCCACCUCACGCAACAGACUCAGAUUCAUUUAUGAACAUUUGUAUGGCGUGAGUAGUUUUUUUAAAAUAUAUAUAUAUAUAUAUAUGUUGAAAAUAUAUAAAAUUUGAUUUUUAUUAAGCUGUGGAAUGAGGCAGUACAGCAUGUUUAUUUCACUUCAGAACGCCAAAAUGCCCAUAUAUAUAUAUAUAUAUAUAUAUAUAUAUAUAUAUAUACACUCACACUAUGAAUUAAGUAUCUGCUGUAUUUCAUUUUGUUGAAACAUCUAUAUCCUAAAUAAAAUGUAAUGUACCCUUAUGUUGUACAUAACUACUACUGGAUAAGUGUGUGUGUGUGGAAGAGCUGUGUGAGAGCUGUGCUGUGUUCAUGCAUCUGAUCCAGCUGGAGUGUUGGACGCAUGGACGGGCUCUGAUCAUGUGACUACUUGAGGAGGUUUAGUUCAAUUUAUUUGUCUCAACUUGGUGGAGUAGCUGUCAGUCGGUGUAUUGCAGUGCAACCAAACAGCAGUGACUCGCUUGAUUUACAAACCUAAAGUUGUUUUAUAUCUGCUUUUGUGUGCUGACAUCUGUGUGGAAGAAAAAGAGCAAUUUAGGACUUUGCAUGAUUGUGACCUAAACUUUGUGUUACAGAAUGAGCUCUUUGCCUCAGUAGUCUCCUUUGACGCUUCAGUGUGGAACUGUGGUCACUCGUGAGCUUCGCAGCUUUGCAAGUCCUGCUGUUGUGGUGUUUGAGUUGUUUUACUGUAUGCGGCAGCCUCAACGCACUUGGCCUGAACUUUGACCUUUGCAGUCUAGUUUUGCCUCUAUACAUUGAAGAAUACCGACAUCCAUGAAACCUGUGCAGCUAUGGAAACACACUGUAUAGUAUUCAAACCAUACUGUGUACAUAGACAUUUAUAAAUAUAAAUAUGCCACGUGGAAGAAUUAUGUGCUCGUUUUACACUUGUACUUUGCUUAUUGGUUCAAUAUUACAAAUCUAUAUAUUUGAAUAUUUUUUAUUUUUGUUUGAAUGUAUAACAUCAAAUAAAUGUUUGGAAGUU